CCUCAUGAAUGCUAGAUUUGUGGAUAGUCAUAGCCUCUGCCAGUGAUGGGAAGUUAUACCUUGUGUUGGUGCUGAAUCUCCCUGAAUAUGAUCCGAAUUGCAGCCUUAAAUGCUAGCUCCACAGUUGAGGAUGAUCAUGAAGGGAAUUUUAAAAGUCACAAAACCCAGACGAAGGAGGCUCAGGAAGCAGAGGCUUUUGCCUUGUAUCACAAAGCUCUGGAUCUGCAGAAACAUGACCGAUUUGAGGAGUCUGCCAAAGCCUACCAUGAGCUUCUGGAGGCACGCCUGCUGCGGGAGGCAGUUUCAUCUGGUGAUGAGAAAGAGGGAUUGAAACACCCUGGGCUGAUACUGAAAUAUUCCACAUAUAAGAACCUGGCUCAGUUGGCAGCCCAGCGAGAGGAUCUGGAGACAGCCAUGGAGUUCUACUUGGAGGCAGUAAUGUUGGACUCAACAGAUGUCAACCUCUGGUAUAAAAUUGGACAUGUGGCCCUGAGACUCAUCCGGCUCCCCCUGGCUCGUCAUGCUUUUGAGGAAGGGCUGCGGUGCAAUCCUGACCACUGGCCUUGCUUGGACAACCUCAUCACUGUCCUGUACACCCUCAGUGAUUACACAACGUGUCUAUACUUUAUUUGCAAAGCACUGGAGAAGGAUUGCAGGUACAGCAAAGGGCUGGUUCUCAAGGAGAAGAUCUUCGAGGAACAGCCUUGUCUCCGGAAGGACUCUCUCAGAAUGUUCCUCAAAUGUGACAUGUCAAUUCAUGAUGUGUCAGUGAGUGCUGCUGAGACAAAGGCCAUCGUAGAUGAGGCCCUGGGACUUCGGAAAAAGAGGCAAGCAUUGAUUGUGCGGGAGAAGGAGCCAGACCUGAAACUGGUGCAGCCAAUCCCCUUCUUCACGUGGAAGUGCCUUGGAGAGAGCUUGCUGGCUAUGUACAACCACCUCACCACCUGUGAGCCCCCACGACCCAGCCUUGGCAAGAGAAUUGACCUGUCUGACUACCAGGACCCCAGCCUGCUGCUAGCAUCUUCCAUGGUGGUGACGCCUGUCAGUGUGAUCCAGCAGAGCCCUGUCAACACCAACCCAGCCAUAGCUGUGGCUGAGCCUGUGCUCUCCUAUACCUCUGUGGCAACAGCUAGCUUCCCACUGCACAGUCCCAGCUUGCUGGAUACAGGCACUGCUGUGGGCGAUGUUUCUGGGGGAGAUAAAUCCAAGAAAGGGGUAAAGCGGAAGAAGAUUUCAGAAGAGAGUGGAGAGACUGCAAAGCGGAGAUCUGCCCGUGUCCGAAACACCAAGUGUAAAAAAGAAGAGAAAGUGGACUUCCAGGAGCUUCUGGUGAAAUUCUUGCCAUCCAGGUUAAGAAAGCUGGACCCUGAGGAGGAAGAUGAUCCCUUUAAUAACUAUGAAGUCCAAUCAGAAGCCAAACUGGAAAACUUCUCAAGCAUGGGGCCUCAUCGACUGUCCUUUGACUCGGCCACGUUCAUGGAAUCUGAGAAGCAGGAUGUACAUGAGUUCCUACUGGAGAACCUGACCAAUGGGGGCAUUCUGGAGUUGAUGAUGCGCUACCUGAAGGGCAUGGGCCACAAGUUCCUGCUGAGGUGGCCACCAGGCCUGGCAGAGGUUGUGCUCAGCGUCUACCACAGCUGGAGGAGGCACAGCACCAGCCUGCCCAACCCACUGCUAAGAGACUGCAGCAACAAGCACAUCAAGGAUAUGAUGCUUAUGUCUCUUUCCUGCAUGGAGCUCCAAUUGGACCAGUGGCUGUUGACCAAAGGCAGAAGCUCUGCAGUGUCUCCUCGUAACUGCCCUGCUGGUAUGGUGAAUGGCAGAUUUGGGCCUGACUUCCCAGGAACCCACUGCCUGGGUGACCUCCUGCAGUUGUCAUUUGCCUCAUCCCAGCGUGACCUGUUUGAGGACGGCUGGCUAGAGUUUGUGGUCCGUGUUUAUUGGCUGAAGGCUCGUUUCUUGGCACUGCAGGGAGACAUGGAGCAGGCUCUGGAGAACUAUGACAUCUGCACAGAAAUGCUCCAGAGUUCCAUUGCCAUCCAAGCAGAGGCAGGGGCUGAGCAAAGGGACAUUGUUAUCCGGCUGCCCAACCUCCACAAUGACUCCAUCGUUUCCCUGGAGGAGAUUGAUAAGAACCUGAAGUCACUAGAACGGUGCCAGUCCCUGGAGGAGAUUCAGCGGCUUUAUGAGGCAGGUGACUACAAAGCUGUUGUGCAUCUGCUCCGCCCCACUUUGUGCACCAGUGGGUUUGACCGGGCUAAACAUCUAGAAUUUAUGACUUCUAUUCCUGAGAGGCCAGCCCAGUUGCUUCUGCUACAGGACUCCUUGCUCCAGCUGAAGGAUCACCAACAGUGUUUUGAAUGCUCUGAUGUGGCUCUGAACGAAGCUGUCCAACAGAUGGUGAAUUCAAGUGAGGCUGCAGCCAAGGAGGAGUGGGUAGCCACAGUGACCCAGCUGCUACUGGGCAUUGAGCAGGCACUCUCUGCCGACAGCAAUGGCAACAUCCUGAAGGAAUCGUCCUCCACCACUGGCCUUGUCCGGCUCACCAAUAACCUCAUUCAGGUCAUCGACUGUAGCAUGGCUGUGCAGGAAGAGCCCAAGGAGCCCCAUGUCUCCUCAGUGCUACCCUGGAUCAUCCUGCACAGGAUCAUCUGGCAGGAAGAGGAUACCUUCCGUUCCCUGUGCCACCAGCAGCAGCUUCAGAACCCAGUAGAGGAAGGUGCACUGGCAACAGGAAUGUCAGAGACGCCCAUGCUCCCUUCCUCCCUCAUGCUGCUCAACACAGCCCAUGAAUACUUGGGAAGAAGGUCCUGGUGCUGCAAUUCAGAUGGGGCUCUGCUACGAUUCUAUGUGCAAGUUCUCCAAAAGGAACUUGCUGCCUCCACUUCUGAAGACACACACCCCUAUAAGGAGGAGCUGGAGACAGCCUUGGAGCAGUGCUUCUACUGCCUGUACAGCUUCCCUAGCAAGAAGAGCAAGGCCAGGUACUUAGAGGAGCACUCAGCCCAGCAGGUGGAUCUUAUAUGGGAGGAUGCCCUGUUUAUGUUUGAGUAUUUUAAGCCCAAGACCCUUCCUGAAUUUGACAGCUACAAGACCAGCACUGUAUCUGCUGAUUUGGCCAAUCUCCUGAAAAGAAUUGCUACCAUUGUGCCCCGUACAGAGAGGCCAGCACUGAGCCUAGACAAAGUCUCUGCUUACAUUGAGGGGACAUCAUCUGAGGUGCCCUGCCUCCCAGAAGGGGCUGACCCCUCUCCUCCAGUAGUAAAUGAACUCUACUACCUCCUGGCUGAUUAUCAUUUCAAAAACAAGGAGCAGUCCAAGGCCAUCAAAUUCUACAUGCAUGACAUCUGCAUCUGCCCUAACAGGUUUGAUUCCUGGGCAGGCAUGGCUCUGGCCCGGGCCAGUCGCAUUCAGGAUAAGUUGAACUCCAAUGAGCUGAAGAGUGAUGGACCAAUCUGGAAACAUGCCACACCUGUCCUGAACUGCUUCAGGCGGGCCCUGGAGAUCGACAGCUCUAACCUGUCCCUGUGGAUUGAGUAUGGCACCAUGUCCUAUGCCUUGCACUCAUUCGCUUCACGCCAGUUGAAGCAAUGGAAAGCGGAGCUGCCUCCUGAGCUUGUGCAGCAGAUGGAGGGCCGGAGAGACAGCAUGCUGGAGACAGCCAGGCACUGUUUUACAUCGGCAGCUCACUGUGAGGGCGAUGGUGAUGAAGAGGAAUGGCUGAUCCACUAUAUGCUAGGCAAGGUGGCUGAGAAGCAGCAGCAGUCACCAGCCGUCUAUCUGCUGCACUAUAGGCAGGCUAGCCACUAUCUGCAUGAGGAGGCUGCCCGCUACCCCAAGAAGAUCCACUACCACAACCCACCUGAGCUGGCCAUGGAGGCCCUGGAGGUGUACUUCCGGCUCCAUGCUUCCAUCCUGAAGCUCCUGGGAAAACCCGAUUCUGGGGUUGGUGCAGAGGUCCUGGUCAACUUUAUGAAGGAAGCUGCAGAAGGACCCUUUGCCAGGGGUGAGGAGAAGAAUACACCCAAAGCUUCAGAGAAGGAGAAGGCCUGCCUGGUGGAUGAGGACUCCCACUCUUCAGCUGGGACACUGCCGGGCCCCGGAGCCUCCCUCCCCUCCUCCUCUGGCCCAGGUCUGACAUCCCCACCUUACACAGCCACUCCGAUUGACCACGAUUACGUCAAAUGUAAAAAACCCCACCAGCAGGCGACGCCGGACGACCGAAGCCAGGACAGCACAGCCGUGGCGCUCUCAGACUCCAGCUCAACGCAGGACUUCUUUAACGAGCCCACCAGCUCACUGGAAGGCUCCCGGAAACCCUAUGCAGAGAAGAGGUUGCCCAUGCUCAGUGCCCAAACAGGACCAACUGGUAAAGACCUUCAGGGGGCCACAGAUGAAAGAGGAAAGACUGAGGAGUCCUCAGAGAGCACAGAAGGCUUCCGGGCUGCAGAACAUGGAGUCCAGAAACCUGCUAUAGACCCCCUGGCCUCUGGUUGUAUUCCUGUCAAGGCCCCAAUGUCCACACCUGCUUUGUGGGAUGGGAAGAAGAGGGGUGAACCCCCAGGGGAGCCAAUGGCCUUCCCCCAGGGGCUCCCAGCUGAUGCCGAAGAACAGCGCCAGUUCCUCACAGAGCAGUGCAUCGCCUCUUUUCGCCUGUGUCUGAGCCGCUUCCCCCAGCACUACAAGAGUCUCUAUCGACUGGCCUUCCUCUAUACCUACAGCAAGACCCACCGGAACCUCCAGUGGGCCCGAGAUGUGUUGCUAGGCAGCAGUAUCCCAUGGCAACAACUGCAGCACAUGCCGGCACAGGGGCUCUUCUGUGAGAGGAACAAGACCAAUUUCUUCAAUGGCAUCUGGCGGAUCCCUGUGGAUGAGAUUGACCGGCCGGGCAGCUUCGCCUGGCACAUGAACCGCUCCAUUGUGCUGUUGCUUAAGGUGCUGGCCCAGCUCCGGGACCAUAGCACCCUGCUGAAGGUGUCCUCCAUGCUGCAACGGACCCCAGACCAGGGCAAGAAGUAUCUACGAGAUGCAGACCGCCAGGUUCUGGCACAGCGGGCCUUCAUUCUCACUGUGAAGGUGCUGGAGGAUACACUGAGUGAGCUCGCAGAGGAGUCAGAACGCCCAGGGCCCAAGGCCUGUAGCCUCACUGGAGCCAGGAUGACCACCGAUGUCUCACACAAGGCCAGUCCUGAAGAUGGCCAGGAGAGCAUCCCCCACUCCAAGAAGCCCCUUUUGGCUGAGGGCUCAGGACCAGGUCCCGAGCCAGGGUGUAAAAUUGGCCCACUCAACCACCGGUCCAUGGCCAUGGAUGCAGGAGACAGUGCAGACCAGGGCAAGGAACAGAAGGACAAGGAGAGUUCCAGAGGAGGGCCUACUGAGCCUAUGGACACGGGUGAGGCUGUUAUUCAUCGCCCAGACUUGGAGCGGACACCAGCUGUGCUGCCGGGUCGCCCCCCAAGGGACCGGGGCCCUGAGAGCAGGCCCACUGAGCUGUCCCUGGAGGAACUGAGCAUCAGUGCCCGCCAGCAGCCCUCUCCAUUCACACCAGCCCCACCAGUCUCCACUACCAACUCUUCCCCAACCACUGCCACAGGGGCCAGGGGGGUCAGCCAUCCUGAGGAGCCACCCCCACGGCCCAGCCGCAAGAGGAAACUUCUGGAGGAUACUGAGUCUGGCAAGACACUCUUGCUGGAUGCCUACCGUGUGUGGCAGCAGGGCCAGAAGGGUGUGGCUUAUGACUUGGGCCGCAUUGAAAGGAUCAUGUCAGAGACCUACAUGCUCAUCAAGCAGGUAGAUGAGGAGGCUGCACUGGAGCAAGCUGUGAAGUUCUGUCAAGUCCACCUUGGGGCUGCUGCCCAGAGACAGACCUCAGGGGACAUGCCUACCACCCCCAAGCACCCUAAGGACAGCCGAGAGAACUUCUUUCCUACAGUGGUAAGCACCACAACACCUGACCCUGUGCCAGCUGAUGUGCUCCAGCAACCCAACGACAUCCACACCAAACCUCGCCCUGCACUGGCUGCUGCCACAGCUGUCAUCAGCUGCCCUGCCUCAGUAUCAGCCUCUACUCCAGAUUCAGCCAAGGACCCUGGGCCCCCCCAACCACACAGGCCCGAAGCCACCCCCAAUGUGGCUUCUCUGGGCCCAGAGGGAGAAGAGCUGGCAGGAGUGGCAGAGAGCACUGGCUUCCCACUUCAGGAGCCACGACGCAGUCAACAGGUGAAGACGGCCCCCACAGGUCCCCCAGUAGAGCCACACUGCUGGCCAACAGAGGCUACCCCCCAGAUAGGUGCUGAGCCCACCUGCAGCCAAGCUGCCAGCUCCGAGGUCCCCAGCAGUGGGAGUACUCAGCCACCUGAGGGCCAUCCAGGCAAGGCCGAGCCCAGCCGGGCCAAGUCCCGCCUCCUACCCAACAUGCCAAAGCUGGUGAUCCCCUCGGCCACCACCAAGUUCCCUCCGGAGAUCACCGUCACACCGCCCACCCCGACCCUGCUCUCCCCUAAAGGCAGCAUCUCGGAGGAGACCAAGCAGAAGCUAAAGUCGGCCAUCCUGUCUGCCCAGUCAGCUGCCAACGUGAGGAAGGAGAACCUGUGUCAGCCAGCUCUGGAGGUUCUGGAGACAUCCAGCCAGGAGUCUUCACUAGAGAGUGAGACAGAUGAGGAUGAUGACUACAUGGACAUCUGAGGAAGGCCUUCCAGAGCCCCACAGCCACACCCAAGGGGACAGAGUGGGCCUGGAAUCCCCUUUGGCCCAGACCCUGAGCAAGGCCAGAAACCUAAGUGGGUAUUAUUUCCCAUGCAGCCUCCACCGCCCACCAGCCCUGUCUUCCCAGCAUCCUGCUGUUCACAGAUUGGGCUGUCCACACCCACAGUGUGGGGGCCCAGAGGAAGAGGAGGAGGCCCAAUUUAGCCCUGUAAGGAUGGAUUGGUGUAUCUGCACAACAGGGCCAGCAUCAUUUUCUAUGAAAUGUUUGUAAACAUGCUCAUACCUAGCCCAGCAGGCUGUAUCUACAACCUGACCCCAGGACAAAGUGGGUUCUGCCUAGAUCCCAGUGGAGGCAUCACCUGGGCCAGGCUUGCCUCACACCUUUUUUUUUUUUUUUUUUUUGCGGGAGG